UCCCAUCCCGCGGUGGUGACGUAUCUGUGAACAGUCAACAGACACACACACGGUCGGUCCGGACUGGAGCUACACCGGGGCCAAUAUUUUUCUCUUUUUUCCUGCUGUCCGCGCGUCUUGGCGAUCCGUUGAACCUCGUCCGUACCGGGCGGCCGGAGCAGGCUGUCUACGCGGAGCAGACGAGGCCGUUUGUGGCGGUUUUUGCGGACGAGAGCGCGCUCCGGAGUAUGACGCCUGUUUUUAUUUGUGUUCACUGCGACACGGAAAGUGACAGUGCAAGAUUCCUCGUCCUGACAGCUUAAAGAGCGAUAAACACGCUGCUGCGCUUCAGAUCGUUGGCUUAAAGAGUCAGUUUCGGUACUUUAGUCGUCUUGCUGUAGGAGAGCAGGCCGGUGGAGAAAGCAUAAUCAUCAUCAUCAUAAUCUUCAUCAUCCCACGCUUGGUUUUUAUAGUCUGAGGUUUCAGAUUUGAAUACACCUGUCGGUGCUUGACUUAUUCUUGAACGCUAUGAGAGGAAAGUAACAGUAUUAAAGGUGAAUGAGGGUGGACCUUAAGCACACAAUGCUGUGCAUGCGAGAUAUUCUCUUUUAAUGUGGACAGAACCGAUGCAGGUCGCCUUUGAAGUAUGUGUUAAGUGUUUACAGCUUCCUUAGAAACACAGGAUUGCUAAAGAAAAGGCAGGAUAGAGUGAAUCGCCUUAUGCAAUACGUUAAAUCAAUACUCCACCUUAUGAAUGAAUUGAGGUGCAUGCAUAAGGUAAGGAGCACCGUUUAAAGCUAUGAUGUGAACUUUUAGUACGCGAUGCACUUAUUAAGGAGGUAUUGAACUGUUGAAUCUGCCUUGGAUUGAUCUGCGUCGUACGUGAACUUCUGUCGGUUUUUAGUGCGUGACGGGCAGUGGCGUGUGCUCCAGCUCCCUGGAAAUGAGAAAAUGAAUUGCGAGGAGGAAGCUGUAGAUUUGUGCAAUGCUAUAGAUUUGUGCAAUGUGUCCGACAACAGUACAUCACAGCCGGACGAAAUCCUUCCCCGCGAAGGCCUCCUGCCGACGGAAGGGGGUCGGGGGGAACUGGACGCCGCCGUCCUGACCAGGUUAAAGGACGCGAAAGAGGACGAUUCCACCGAGCUCAGAGCGCCGCACAGUAAAAACAACGGCUCCGUCGCCGUGUCAGCCGAGCCCGUGAACGGUUCUGCUGGCGAUCAGAAUACCAGCGAGUUUGAGGAACCGCCGGUGAGCGAGGGCUCUGUUGGGGACGCGGGCGAGAGCGACGACGGCGAGAUGGACAUCGGUGUGGAUUUAAGCCUGGAUGAAAAUGGCGUUUUGGAAUUCGAGCCAGCGGCCCAAAGCGAGGGAAGUGCCUCUAGUCGUGAGAACUCCGCAACGCCGGAAUCCGUCGUAGAACUGCAUCCGCAGCAACCUCCGGAAGAACGCCGCGAGGACGUGCCCUCAGAAACCCCGUCUGAGGCCCCAGCACCGGGCAACGGAGCCGGGAGUAAGCACGGGUCCAAGCGGGUGACCUUUCCGUCAGACGAAGACAUCGUCUCGGGCGCAGUUGAGCCGAAGGACCCUUGGAGACACGCCCAGAACGUGACGGUGGAGGAGAUUCUGAAUGCCUACAGACAAGCAUGCCAGAAGCUCAGCUGCAAACCAAUCCCUAAAGUGCUCAAACAGAUACAGGACUUAAAAGACCUGACACAGCGAAACGAGUGCCUAGAACUCAAAGGAGAGAAGCUGGACUAUAAAUCGUGUGAAUCUCUGGAGGAGAUCUUCAAGAGGGUGCAGUUUAAAGUGGUGGAUCUGGAGCAGACAAACUUAGACGAGGAUGGAGCGUCCGCUUUGUUCGAUAUGAUCGAGUACUACGAGUCUGCCACUCAUCUCAACAUCUCCAGCAACAAGCACAUCGGCACACGGGGCUGGCAGGCUGCCGCGCACAUGAUGAGGAAGACGAGCUCUCUGCAGUACCUGGACGCCCGAAACACCCCGCUGCUGGACCAUUCGGCUCCGUUCGUGGCCAGAGCUCUGCGGAUCAGCGGCAGUCUGACCGUCCUGCACCUGGAGAACGCCGGCAUCUCAGGACGACCGCUCAUGUUGCUGGCCACAGCCCUGAAGAUGAACAUGAACCUCAGAGAGCUGUAUUUGGCUGAAAACAAGCUGAACGGUCUGCAGGACUCGGCUCAGCUGGGCAACCUGCUGAAGUUCAACUACAACAUCCAGAUUCUGGACCUGAGAAACAAUCACAUACUGGACUCAGGGUUGGCGUAUAUAUGUGAAGGUCUGAAGGAGCAGAGGAAGGGUUUGGUCACUCUGGUGCUCUGGAACAACCAGCUCACACACAAUGGCAUGGGCUACCUGGCCGCGGCUUUGCCUUUCACUCAAAGUUUAGAAACACUGAACCUUGGUCAUAACGCAGUGGGAAACGAAGGAGUGCACAAACUAAAGGACGGACUCAUAGCAAACCGGUCCAUCCUCAGACUGGGUCUGGCCUCCACCAAACUCUCCUGUGAAGGAGCGGUGGCUAUCGCAGAAUUCAUCGCGGAGAGUCCGAGGCUCCUCCGGCUGGACAUGCGAGAGAAUGAAAUUAAAACCGGAGGCCUCAUGGCUCUCACGCUCGCCUUUAAAGUCAACACAUCGCUGCUCCGACUCGACCUGGACCGAGAGCCCAAGAAAGAGACGGUGAAGAGUUUCAUUGAGACGCAGCGCGCCCUGCUGGCAGACAUUCAGAACGGCUGCAAGAGGAACUUCAUCCUGGCCAAAGAAAAGGAGGAGACGGAGCAAAAGAUGAGGCAGUCGGUUUCAAUGGCCGAAAUCGCCACAGAGGACCAAACUCAGGAGGAAGAAGAUGCAUCUGCUGUGAAAAUCGAGGAAGAAAACAGCGCGGGUCAGGGAGACGCAACCGACGAGGGCAGCGUAUCCAACAGCCAAGAGGUCAAAGAUCAAAAACCCACACUACAAGACGACUCGGACUCGGACACAGAGGAUGAGGAAUCAGCCGAGGAACCGAAAGCUUCUGCAAACACCACGUCUCCGAUUCCUAUUCCUAUUCCUGCAAUAAGCUCCAGUAAAGCCGUGGCCUCGACGCCUCCUCUACCAGAAUCCCCAGCAGGAAUAACAGUGACCGAAGCCAGCGCCAUCCCCGGAGCCCCAGCAUCUCCUGGUCGUUGCUUUUCAGUGUCCAGUCCCGGUAGAGGACACAAAAUCUUUAUGGUAACCCGCGUAGAAAGCCCUCCGGAGCAGCAGCAGAUGACUGCAUUGGCGAAAGGCGGCAGCGAGAGGGCGGCAGAGAGCCAAACAUCCACACAAACUAAUGUAAAAGCACCUUUAGAUGCACCGUCUAACCAAACGGCAUCAACGCUAACAUCACGGCAAGAAACAACACCAGCUCAGCCGCUCAACUCCUCACCACAGGAGAACGUGAAGGAGCCAACAUCUGAAAUCGCACAGGAACCCGCUACACCAUUUGAAAGCAAGAAACAGGCUGAUCAGACUCACUUAGAGCGGCAGUUGACUGUAAUUACGAACACAGAAACGUCGCAAAAUGUAAACGAGAAGGACCAGGUGUUCUGUUCUCGCGCGGAGCACUCCCAAACGUCAGCGUCAGGUCAGUCCCGGGACGAGACGCUAAACGCAGAACCGUGUCCAGACCAGCGGGAGGUUCAGCCUAGCAGAGAAAAGGUGGUGCAGACUAGUGAGCAGCUGCGGGAGGUCACGAGAGGUCACCAACCCCUCGACGAGGAAGACUGCAGUGAGCACAUCUCCGCAGAAGAAGCUGAAGGUCAUCCGGCUGGGAGUACGGGAGCAGCGCUGCCCAACGGCCUGAAGCCAGAAUUUGCCUUUCACCUGCUUGAAACCGAGGGCCCCAAACCAACCAGCUGCAUCAUGGAGCAUGUGAGCGUGACAGCAGAGCUGAGCUGUGGGCAGGAUUUAGAGGAGCUUCUCCUUGAUGCCAGUCUGGACACCAGCAGAGAUGCACCGUAAUGCUGUAACCAAGGAUCCACACAUGCAGAGAGAAUCAGAAGGGCCGGUUCGUUCUCGCCACACGGCACCCGCUCAUAUUGCUCGGGUCUCUUUCAGUCUUUCUCAUGUCUUUUCCACUACUUUUCCAAUCGUUGCAUCAGAACGCAGAGGACUCACCUUCCCUCCGGUGUCCAACUUUUGUCGAAAUUAUGAAAAAGUUGUAUUUUCGCACAGUUACCAAAGACGCACAUGCAGAGAAACACACACACACUCGCUAACCGGCGACCUUCUUCGGUUCCUCCCCGUCACGCUGUCGACUGUGGCGCAGUGCUGCUCUCCGCCCCCCGGUGGACCGGAGCUCGUAAUGCAGCGCAGGGACUGACCGGCUGGAACUCGCAAAAGACAUUUCGUUGGUUUCGGCUUCCGAGCGGGAGGAUGUUGUUUCGUGAGAGCGUCGUCGCGAGUCUCUGUGUGUGUUUGUCAUUAUUAGUGUCUCGUUAACACAAAAAUACUGCUUUCCGUUAGUUCCUGCCGCUCAGGAAUCGGUCAACACACACCCACUUCUGAUCUCGCCAGGUUCCCGUCAUCAACCAGCACUUCUGUACGCCUGAGACCUAGCAAUUUAGCGAGUCAUCUGAAUGAUUCGGACAUCUUCGGACGAUUUUCCACUCUCUCUCGCUAUCUCAAACACUCAUUCUGUCUUCCAUCGGUAAAGCCCUGUGUGUCACCACCAUACUUACCCAUCCGAAGACAGGACAAGACACGUUUGCCUUUAAACCUUUUUUCAGCUCUUUAUUCUGGCUGCUUGGCUGAAUCAGUUUGUAUUUAUUUUAAACAACCCGAGUCUGUUGUGUGAUUUUUUUUUUUAUUUUAUUUUUUUUUUCCCUCCCUCUUUAUGUUCCCCAUCUUUUUUUAAGCUGUCGUUGUGGGAUUUUCCCCCUUUGGUGUAUAUUUUCAGAUUCUAUAAAGAGCAAAUAUUAAGUUGAAAGUUUUCCUAUUUUGAUUGGUGGGGGUUUGGGAAAGGGGCGGGGCUCUGUGGAUUGAUUUAUAUAAAUAGGGCUGGAGCUCUGGGAGAGUAUAUUAUGUGAACUGGGCGUGUGUUUGGGCAUGAAACGAGGCAGUAGGGGUGCCUGAGCACAAGACUUCAUGAAGAAAAACACUACGCUUGUGUGAAGCUACUGCCGCCGGAGACACUAGAGACUACAUUUUACCUCGAGACAAGUGGCCAUCAUCAGACAAACGUGUGAUUCUAGGGCAAACGAAGCGAGGAUUGAGCUGAUCAGUCUAGUGCUCUCCACCAUUCCAGGCUCUGUGGUUGGUGCUCUCUCUCUCUCUCUCUCUCUCUCUCUCUCUCUCUCUCUCUCUCUUUAACGUCUGGUUGAUGUCGACUUUGACGUCUACCUGCCAGGCUUCAGAGAAGCUUCGCCUCUACAUCCAGAUUGUCUUUGACCUUGAAAUCAACACUUCUGUGCUGCCCCCCAACCCGAUGUUUGUAAUGCUUUAUUUUUAGUAAUUUUUAAAAUUACCUGUUAAAUUAAUCAAACUGUACUGGUAAACACAAAGAGAUGUGUAUGGCUUUUCCCUCUCAAAUAAAUGCAUGUAAUGACAAAAAAA